AUGCAAGCACUAUCCGAGGGAUUUUAUGUAAGAUUAGAGGUCAUUGUGACUUUGGAAUAUGAUGCUAGUGAUAGUGAUGUUGUGGGUGGUUCAGUGAAGGGCAAGUGGCUAGUGGUGGUAUUGUUUGGGGCAAUGUGGUCGGUGGUGGUGAUGCAAAGGUCAAUAUGGGCAAUGGUGGUCCCUUUGAGGACAAAGUGGCUAGUGAUGGUGAUGUAUAGGUCAAUAUGGGCAAUGAUGGGUCUUCCCGAGGGUAAUGUAGCCAAUGAUGGUGCUUGUGAGGGCAAUAUGGACACUGAAGUGCUGCUCGAGGGUAAUAUGGCUAGUGGUGGUGAUGCCGAGGCCAAUGUGGGCGAUGGUGGCCAUGGUGUAGACAAUCUAGACAAUGAUGAUGAUAACAUAGGGAUAAAUGAAAAAGAUAUUAAGGAGGAAAAGUAUGGAAACCAAAAGUGA